UCGGAGGCCGAGUCCUCGUGUGGCGGGUUCGAGUCCCGCCUCUUGACUCUUGCCUCCAGCCCCGGAGUCCUGGACGGGGCGGGGGUGGGGGCGUUCGUCUGAGUAACCUCUGCUGGACGAGGGGCGACGGGACACCCUGGGCGGCUUCAUCAUGGAGGACUACCUGAAGGACUGUCGAGCUGCUCUGCAGGAGUCCAGGUCUCUCCAUGUUGUACUGGGAAAUGAAGCCUGUGACUUGGACUCCAUGGUGUCUGCUCUUGCCCUGGCUUUUUACCUGACAAAGACAACCGAAGCAGAGGAAAUCUUUAUUCCAGUCUUGAAUAUAAAACGUUCCGAGUUCCCUCUGCGUGGUGACAACGUCCUCUUCCUCCAGAGGGUUCAUAUUUCAGAGUCUCUGUUGGUUUUUCGGGACGAGAUUGACCUCCGUGCACUGCAUAGGGCUGGCCGGCUCACCCUUCUCCUUGUGGACCACCACGUCUUACCCAAAAGUGACGCAGCUCUGGAGGAGGCGGUAGUAGAGGUGCUGGACCAUCGACCCAUUGAGCAGAAAUGCUGUCCCCCGUGCCAUGUUUCAGUUGAGCUGGUUGGGUCCUGUGCAACCCUGGUGACUGAGAGAAUCCUGCAGGGGGCGCCAGAGAUCUUGGACAGGCAAACUGCAGCCCUUCUGCAUGGAACCAUCAUCCUGGACUGUGUAAACAUGGACCCAAAGAUUGGAAAGGCAACUCCAAAAGACAACAAAUAUGUGGAGAAACUUGAGGCCCUCUUCCCAAACCUGCCCAAGAGAAGUGACAUCUUUGAUUCGCUACAAAAGGCAAAGUUUGAUGUCUCAGGACUGACCACCGAGCAAAUGCUGAGAAAGGAUCAGAAGACCAUCUAUAGACAAGGCACCAAGGUGGCCGUCAGUGCAAUAUACAUGGACUUGGAGGCUUUUCUGCAACGGUCGAACCUCCUUGCUGAUCUCAGUACUUUCUGCCAGACUCACAGCUACGACGCCCUGGUUGCCAUGACAAUCUUCUUCAACACUCACAAUGAACCGGUGCGGCAGUUGGCUGUUUUCUGUCCUCAUGUGGCGCUCCGAAAGACAAUCUGUGGAGCCCUGGAACACUCCCAUUCCCCACCGCUGAAGCUGAGCCCUGUCGCAAGCAGCAUCCCUAACCUCCAAGCCUAUCUUCAAGGCAAUACCCAAGUCUCCCGAAAGAAACUUCUGCCUGUCCUGCAGGAAUCGCUGUCAUCCUACUUUGACUCCACAAAGGGUUCUCCAGGGCAGCCUGAGACAGUGGGUGUGUCCAGGGAACAGGCAGACAAGGAAUUGGACCGGGCAGGUAAUUCUAUGAUUUCUGGACUGAUCCAAGAUGAAGAGGACCCUCCCCUGCCCCCCACGCCCAUGAACAGCCUGGUGGACGAGUGUCCUCUGGAUCAGGGGCUGCCCAAGCUCUCAGCGGAGGCCGUCUUCGAGAAGUGUACUCAGAUCUCACUGUCCCAGUCGACCAAGUCCUCUGCCUCCAAUAAGUGACCCUUGGACCGGGAGGGAGGGGCGGGGCGGGGCAGGUGGCUUCUGUCACCUCAAGUGCAUGUUUUGAGAUGUGUGACCCUUUCAGCAGUUGUCUCUCCAUUGCUCGGGUUGUGGUGUACUGUUCUCAAUAAACUGGGAGGAGAGGAAGGGGAGGAAAGCAGUUGCUGUAAGAAUGGCUUUCUGCCGUCUCUCCAGUCUGUACAUUCAGACAAGUUUCAUUAUUUAAUAUAAUUAUUUAAAUCUGCACUGAUUUUCCUCAGUUUCACUUGCCAAGGAUAGAGUGGGAUAGUCCCACCAUCCCAGCCGAGGGGGAGGGUAAGAAUGUAGACCCCUUCUGUGUCCUCAGUAAAGAUCAUAAACAGAGUCCGUUUCUGGUUUCUGUCAUGGAGCUGAGCGUUCCCUGCGUGGCUCCAUGAAUUCAUCCCUCCUUGGCUACAGAGUCUUGUGCAGCCCAUGCUGGCCUCAAAGGCACUCUGUGGCCGCGGCUGGCCUUGAAGUCCUGAUCCUCCUGAGUAUUGCGAUUUCAGGCACGUGCGACCACACCUGGCUAUCUUCUGUCUUGAUCAGAUAGCCUGGCUCCCUGUUUCUUUGACUCCUUCUGUCCCAGAGCCACAGGAAGCCUGAAGACUUCAGGGGCACUUGAGACCUCUGGUCCUUCCUUGAGGGUUCAGGAGGCACCCCGGAAGACUUCACGGGCCCUUUUGCCAAGGUGACAGGACCGGGAUGAGCCUGGAUGUGCCCUCUGCCUUUGCGAGUCUGGCGAUUUCUUGUUCAUCUCUCUGUUUUGGUUUAUGUUGAAAGAAAGAAUGGCAUUCUAACUCUUGAUUUCCCCAUCUGUAAAGCAGGGUUGGUACUAGAUAUUCCCUGGUACUCUGGGAUCUGCCACUUACUGCCAUCCUUUCUCUCCUCUGCCUCUCUGUGUUUCUUUGUGUUCGGUCUGAGUGCUCAGGGCUGUGAAUCGCCCAGUACUACGAGACCGGACCCUAUGUAGCAUGUACAGGGCUGACAUUCACACCAGAGCGACCAGCAGAGAGCUCCUUCCUACAGACUGCUUCUGCAUGUGUAGUCUCUGUUUUUCUUUAGACCAACUUGUUCCCACAUUCUCACCCUAUAUAAGGUGCCAACAAUUUCAGUGGGGUACGCGGUAGUUUUGGCAUUGAAAUCUUCCAGUGUGAGGGGAACAGUCUGAUGUCACUUUGAAGGGUAUGAUGUCUGUAGCCAUUCGUUUGGAACGUAAAAGUAGUGGUGUGAUCACUGAACCAAAGGACUUUAUGUUUUGUAACUUUGGUACUUUGUUUUGCAUUUUUGUUAAAGGUAUUAAAUACAUUUUUCCUGUUUGA